AAGCACACAGAACAGUGCACCUCGGCCGUUCACUCGUUCACUGUACCAUGUCCACAGAGCAUAAAAACCUCACACAGACCCCUCUGCUGAAGAUCUGGGUGCCGUGCAUGGGAUAUAACUUGAAUCGCAGGAGAGGAUCGUCUGUGCCUCAGUUCUGCAACUCCCCAACGGUGAUUGUGAUGGUGGGAUUACCUGCCAGAGGGAAGACAUACAUCUCUAAGAAGCUCACUCGAUAUCUAAACUGGAUCGGAGUUCCUACAAAAGUUUUUAAUGUGGGCCAGUACCGCAGAGAGGCAGUCAAGACCUACAAGAACUUUGAGUUUUUUAAACCUGACAACGAAGAGGCCAUGAGGAUCCGCAAGGCCUGCGCUUCAGCUGCACUCAAAGACGUCGCUGCCUACUUCACAAAAGAACAUGGACAAGUAGCCGUGUUUGAUGCUACUAACACCACGAGAGAGAGGAGGGCCGUCAUCAACAGUUUUGCAAAAGAAAAAGGAUAUAAGGUGUUUUUUGUAGAAUCGAUCUGUGAUGACCCAGACAUAAUAACCGAGAAUAUCAAGCAAGUAAAAUUUGGCAGCCCAGAUUAUAUCGACCGUGACAUAGAAGAGGCCAUGUCGGACUUCAUCCAGCGCAUUGAGUGCUACAAGGCGAGCUACACGUCUAUAGACGAUGAGAAAGACAGGAAACUUUCCUACAUAAAGAUCUUUGACGUGGGCAGUAGGUUCUUGGUGAACCGAGUCCAGGAUCACAUCCAGAGCCGGAUCGUCUACUACCUCAUGAACAUCCACGUCACACCGAGAACCAUUUACCUGAGCCGCCACGGAGAGAGUGAACUCAACCUGUUGGGUCGGAUAGGCGGCGAUUCGGGUUUAUCACCACAAGGACUGAAGUAUGCUGAAGCCUUGGCGAAGUUCAUCAGAGGUCAGAACAUCAAGGACCUGAAGGUUUGGACGAGCCACAUGAAGCGGACCAUCCAGACUGCAGAGGCUCUGGGCGUCCAGUACGAACAGUGGAAAGCUCUCAAUGAGAUCGAUGCUGGUGUGUGUGAGGAACUAACAUACGAGGAGAUUCAGGAGAACUUUCCUGAUGAGUUUGCGAUGAGAGACCAGGAGAAAUAUCGUUACCGUUACCCAAAGGGCGAGUCCUAUGAGGAUCUAGUUCAUCGUCUGGAGCCGGUCAUCAUGGAGCUGGAGAGGCAGGAAAACGUCCUGGUUAUCUGCCACCAAGCCAUCAUGCGCUGCCUGCUGUCCUACUUUCUAGACAAAUCUGCAGACAAGCUGCCUUAUGUUAGGUGUCCCCUUCACACGGUGUUCAAACUCACUCCGGUAGCUUACGGUUGUAAAGUUGAGUCAUUUUUUCUCAAUAUUGAAGCUGUCAACACACACAGAGAUAGGCCAGCGAAUGUGAGCGUCAGCAGAAAGACAGAGGAAGCUCUUCAGACAGUUCCUGACCACAACUAAAAUCAGAUCUGGGAGAAAUGGACUAUAGUAAUAGGUCGCAAUGUUGUCUGAUGGUAAACAGAAGAGAAAUGGAUCAACACAGAAGAACUGGAGGAGAUGGAAAGCGUUAAUCCAGACUCAAAUGGGCUUCUGUUACAAUACUGGAGAAGAACAAAAAACCCUGCAACUGUGGAUAGUUACUGUUUUCUGUGUGUGGUUGAGGUUUCUGAUUAUGUUGAACGCAUCACAAACAAGUUACCGAUUGAAUGGUGUAAAAAUGCCCUGUGUGUGUGGAGGUUAAACGCUUCAUGCAGAUCCUCUUCAGAUGAUGAAAACCGGAUUAGGAAUCAGCACCACAGACAGCUCCCAACAAACAGGACAUUUUUUGUUUACUUUAACUUCUCUCUGAAUAAAUAACAUCAAAACAUACAGUUAUACAUAAAUAUAUACAGUAAAUAAAUGGAAUGAAGAAUUUUAUGUAAACAUUCAGUAACCUGGAGAAGUACUCGGGUUCUGAAAUGGUUUAGAUUUUGUCACAUUAAAGCCAAAAACUUCAAUAUAAUUUAUAUGUGUGUUUUUUGUGUGUUGAUUAUAAGAUUUACAUCUGGACUUUGACUGGUUCAUGCAUGACACAUGUAUUGUUUUGUUUAGGAUGUUCAUCUUUCUGGAGAAUAACCGUUUGACACCAUUCUUGCUAUCAUGGCUGUAACUGAAGCUAUGACGGUGAAUCGGGGCCAGACAGUUUUUAUUUUUAUUUUAUUAAAACAAA